ACCCGCCAUGUUGGAUUGUGAAGCCCAGUAGUUGAUCAGUGGAUCUGAAUUAGGUAUGUUCUUCAAUUGACUUAUUAAUAAUUGUUUUGACAUCUUUUUAUACUACUGAAUGAGUAAAUCUGGUGAAUUUGUUUCACCUUGAAAAAAAAGUUAAGUAAAGGUGUAUUUGAGAAAUAAGAAUUCGAUAUACAAUAAAGGUCAGGGUUAAACACAUCAUGAAAUUCAUUUAAUACAUAAGAAUAAUACAACAGAAUAACAAGAGUACAGCAUGUCGACCAAUGGAGCAGUGUCCUCUCCCUCAGGCAGGUCAUUUAUUGAUGAACCCCGGGCAAUCACAGCUAUAGAAACAGACAUGGAGUAUACAAUACUAUACGGUGUAGCGUGUCUAAGUGAUACAGAGGUAUGGACACGGGGUGGUAACAACAUGAAGAUGAACCUCUACAACCUCCGGGGGGAACUAGUUAAGUCCAUCCGAACCAAGUCAGGAAACGAACCACGGGACAUAACAGUGACAAGGAGUGGGGAUCUAGUUUAUACUGAUAGAGAUGAUAGAACCGUGAACAUAGUGAAGAAUACACAGAUACAGACAGUGAUCAGACUAGAGGAGUGGGUUCCUCGUGGUGUCUGUAGUACCUCCUCUGGUGACCUCUUGGUUGUCAUGGACAGUGAUGAUAAACAAACAAAAGUUGUGUGUUACUCUGGCUCCACAGAGAAACAAAGCAUCCAGUUCGAUGACAAAGGACAACCCCUCUAUUCAAUUGGUAUGGAUAAAUACAUUAGUGAGAACAGGAACCUAGAUAUCUGUGUAUCUGACCGUGAUGCCCGUGCAGUAGUGGUGGUCAAUCAGGCCGGGAAACUCCAGUUUACCUACACUGGUCCUCCCCCUACUACCAAAGGAUCAUUUGAUCCAUGCGGUAUCACAACAGACAGCCAGGGCCGGAUUCUGAUAUCAGACAAAAUGAAGUACCGUAUCCACAUCCUGGAUCAGGAUGGGCAAUUCCUCCGUUACAUUGACAAAUGUGGUUUAGAUCAUCCAUGGGGUUUAUGUGUAGACACAAGAGACAACCUGUUUGUGGCUGAAAGGUACGAAGGUAGAGUGAAGAAAAUACAAUACUACAUGUAAAUGAAGUAACUGCACAAAAUUCAUGUUAUGAAAACAACCAAGUACAAAGAUACGAUGCAUAUUACAUAUGUAUAGAAGAUAAAAUGUGAAUUUAUUGAAUGCAUAAAUUAGAUGUAAAUAUGUCCAUUCUGUAUUUCAUAUUUAUUUUGUGUAAAGACUGCAUGAAAUGACGUUUAUGUUUAUUGUAUUUAUCUAUUGUAUUCAUUGUACAUGUACAUAAGUUGAGAAUAUUUUGUGUUUAUGAUGUAAAGAUUGCAAUCAUUGCAGAUGAAAUUCUUCAAACGUUUAUUAUUCGAUCACAUCAUUUUACCAAUAUCAUACCUUCGUAUCCUAUAUGAAACAUGUAUUACAUGUAACACCUGAACAUAUAUAUUAAAAUAUUUACAUUU